GAUGGAGCGACAGUCACAUUACUUCUCCAGGAAUACAACGCAAUAACCUGCUGGUGUGAAGAUUAUGAGUGAGGUGGUUUGCAAAAAGCCUCAGGAGGAAUAUGAGGACGACUUUGAGAAGGAUCUGGACUGGCUGAUCGGAGAGGAAAGCCGUAGUGAAGACCAGGGUCCUGACUUCAAUGACAUAGAGGCAGAAAUUGACAAAGAACUGGAGGAGGAUGAGAAACAGAAAGGAAAGAAAAGAAAACCAAAAAGCCACAAGGAGGAGAAGAGAAGCAAGAAAACAGAGGAGCUGGAUGAAGAUGAGGAGAGGUGGCCUUCACCUAUGGAGCCAUUGGAGUAUGACUCAGACAGAGACAGCCCUAAUAAAUCAUCACCUAACCCCCCACCUCCAGGGAUGGACGACCAGACAGAUGAGGAGAAGAAGUACAUCCUGGAGAAGAUCCAGCAAGCUAAUCGAGACUUGCACGACCAAGCAACUCCAGAUAUGACAAGGCACAGGCGGCUGCAUUUUAAAGAAACGCUGGUGGACCUGGUGGUGCCUCCGCUGCAAGAUGGAAACGCCGGUGAGGGGGAAGGGGGACAGUGCAACAAGGAUUCAGAGGCAGAGGCUGAAGUGUCGGGGAAGCUUUCCCAGCUCAAACUUUCCCCUCGGGAGGAAAGCGUAAGAUCUGGCAAUGCUGGGGAGACCAUUGAGGGAGGGGUAAAGGAGGGUAGAGUCCUUGUAGAAAAGGAUGGUAAGUUUGAUCUGGUGAGUCUGAAAGAGGUGGAAAGUCAAAGACUUCUCCCUCCCAUAGUGAACAACGGCAGUGACUCCCCACGUCAUCAGCAGCAGACUGUGAGCUCCAGUAGGACCCACGGGUCCUCCUCGUCUCCUCGUCCUCGUGCCGGCUCUUCCCCCUUCCAGCACGGCAUAGAUCACCUCCGUGCCCCCAAACCUCCUGCUCAGCCCAGGAACAGGCCCAGCUCAGCCAGCCACAGCCAGAAAGGCAACCAGAGGAGAGGCAUCAAGCGGCGGGUGCAGUCGGCCACCGGGACACCCUGCCAGGCCACCUACACCCUUUCCCCCCAGCAGAAAGAGCUGCUGCAGAGGAUCCAGGAGAGGAAGGAGAAACUGGCCAGAGAGGAGGAGCAGAGGAAACAGGAGGAAGAGGAGCAGAAGAGGCAGGAGAAUGAGCUGGCGUUUAAGGCCUGGCUGCUGAGGAAGAGAGAGCAGUUUCAGGAGGAGAAAAGGAUCCAACGGGCCCAGGAGAUGGAGAGGAUGAGUUCUAAGCCAAAAGACACCAACGACUCGGAAGAGUCCUUCCGGCUUUGGCUUCAGAGGAAGCAGGAGCAGCAGCAGAAAGAGAGACAGCUGGUGGAGCUCAAGAGGCUCGAGGAGGACGGUGGUUACCUCCUACGCAGCCGAGAGGAGUGUGAACGUGCCUUUAAACUGUGGCUGAAGAGGAAACGGGCGGAGCAGCGAGCGGAGCAACAGGCAGCUCGAGAGCGCUCCCGCAGGUUGGUGCUAGAGGAACGCAACGCACGACGCAUGAGGGACCUGCUCUGUUCUGUCAAUGAAACCAAACCAUUCCGAUUCAGCGAACAGCUGGCCUACCACUUCUAAACCAAAAAAAACCCCAACGUGUCUGCUGGAUUUACACAUCACCUCACAUGACCGUCGUCAAAAACCACAGACUGUGCAGCACAAGAUUUGUUGUGGAUCAUAAGACAUAGUUUAUUCUGUGUUCAGUUGUUGCUUGGGUUUUGUUUGAUCACUUCUGUUU